AUGACCACUGUCGCUACAUCGCCUAGCACUAGUUUCUCGGUUUCCUGCCAAGCAUACCUGUUUGGAAUACAAGUUUUGAAACCAAAACGUUUUACAGCACCUCCAUCUCCUGAAAAUGUGCGUCUUGACCGAGUUUCGGACGAAUAUGUUCGCAUCUCAUGGACUUUCCCUAGUGAAGACCCCGCUUGUCAGACAUUUUUCUUCAUUACUGGUGUCCAGAAUGGAGUUCCAAUUAACGAAAGAGUCCCAGGAGCUGAGCGUAGUUACGAUAUUAAAGGUCCAGCUAGAGGAGAUUGGCGUGUAGAGGUUCGAGCAGUAAAUUCAGCAGGAUCGGGACCAUCAUCACGGCAAGCUGUUUUUACCAGUGCCCAGCAAUGUGAGUGUGAAAGGCAAUGUGAGCACCAGAGUCGUAACUCCUCGACUUUUUUGUAAAA